AUGACUCAGUGUAGUUACCCUGAAGACAAUAAUCAUAGUGUUCUUAUGGAGAGACGCAAAGAUAGCAUAAUCAGAACUUGUCCUACUUGUGGUCAUCAUAUCAAAUGCCAAGAUCAGGGUGCUGGAAUUCAUGAGUUACCUGGAUUACCUGCUGGAGUGAAGUUUGAUCCUACUGAUCAAGAGAUUCUCGAACAUUUGGAAGCGAAAGUAAGGUCUGAUAUUCAAAUGCUUCACCCUUUGAUUGAUGAGUUCAUCCCUACUCUUGAAGGAGAGAAUGGAAUCUGUUGCACUCAUCCAGAGAAGUUGCCAGGUGUAAGCAAAGAUGGCUUGAUCAGGCAUUUCUUUCACAGGCCAUCAAAAGCAUACACAACAGGAACAAGAAAAAGGAGAAAAGUGCACACAGAUUCAGAUGGAAGUGAAACAAGGUGGCAUAAAACAGGUAAGACAAGACCGGUUUACGUGAUCGGCAAAUUAAAAGGAUAUAAGAAAAUCCUUGUUCUUUACACUAACUACAGAAAGCAAAGAAAGCCAGAGAAAACAAAUUGGGUUAUGCAUCAAUACCAUCUUGGAAACAAUGAAGAAGAGAAAGAAGGAGAAUUGGUAGUUUCAAAAGUUUUCUACCAAACACAACCAAGACAAUGUGGUUCAUUGAUGAAAGACUCAUCAUCGUUUUCCGAUCAAAAACUAAUCGGCGAUCAAGUUGUUAAUGAGGUGGUUAAUCAUAAAAACAGUGGAUUUGUUGAAUUUUAUAAUACUUCGUUCAUAUCUUUUGAUCAAGGAGAACAACAUAGAUCAAGCAAUGCUCAAGUGAUUUCUCAUUUUCCUGUCCAUGAUGGUACUUCUUUCAUCCCUUGA